GGGUUCUCACUGAACUGCAGAGUUAUUUCAAAAUUGGGGACUGGGAGAGCGGCCUUCUACAAACAGUCUUUAUUUCGUCGUACAUGGUCUUUGCGCCGCUCUUCGGCUACAUAGGCGAUCGCUAUCCACGCAAGUUCGUCAUUCUCCUUGGCAUUGUCGUGUGGUCUGGUUCUGUUCUGUUGAGCACGUUUGUUCUGUCAGAUGUAAGUUAAGA